CCUCUAAAUGCUGAGUUAAGGUCUCAUUUUGUUUGUGUGCAUGUGAUGGAUCUACUUCCAGAGCGUAGUAAUACCUAUUGCGUUCGCGACAUAUACGAAGAAAUAUGCACACGUUUUAUCCCAAACAGCACGGCGAACGGAUUUUUAUCUCAAUCGGCCCAAUCGAUCUUGAAAUAUAGAAAUGACCAUUGCACGUGGAAAGUGAAACCCAACUGACUUCUAAUGGCCUCCAAUAAUCUAACCGGUGCCUCUUCUGAUUGGCAGAAUUUCCAAUGGCCGACGUCAUGGCAUGGUUCCCAGCGCCCUCCGGGUCCCCGUCGACACCGUCGUUGUCCGUCUGUCGGCGCGUGUACCGUCUGGGCUCGGUCCGGUACCGCGAGGAGGCGGCGCCACCGACCGGCGACACCUGCCUGCCGCCGCCGCUCACCGGGCCGCUGCUGCGCCGCUGUGUGGAGCGGCGCGCGCGGCGCCGCCGCAGGCCCACCUCCAUCCUGCUGCUGGGCGACUCGCGUCUGCGGAACCUCUACCACCACCUGGCCCAGGAGCUGGACGUGCCGGCACCGGCCGUCAACAUCACUCCGUACCCGUUCUGGUCCCGUAACAUCCACUGGACCAACUCUCCGGAGCGCUGGUGUCGGGUGUGCCCGUGGCACUGCUGUCCGCGCGCGGCCGCCGCCGCCGGUGUGUCUCUGCGGUUCGAGUGGCGGCCGUUCUGGACGGAUGCCACGGUGACGGAGCUGGAGGCGGCCGCUGAGAGCUGUGAGAGCGGUCACAGCGACUGUCCAGACCUGGUGCUGGUGAACGGGGCGCUCUGGUACAGCACUGUGAUGACCCAGUGGAAGGGUCAGAUUACCAACAUGGUGCUCCUACUGCGACUGCAGAUGGCGCGCGUCGUCCGGGCGCUGGCCAGGAUAGCGACAAUCACACGCACGGUCCUCAAACUGGACGAAGGCUUCACGCGUGACGUGCAUUUUCUACUGCACAAGUCCAAUCUGGCAGAAAUUCCCGUCAUGCAUAGCGUGGCGUACGAUGCAGCGAGAAAGAUUCCUGGUGUAGUCAUAUGGUCGUCCGCACUCCCGGAGUCUACAGGGCUCCUCAGAAAGAAGUGCUACGGCAUGCAAGGCCGUAAAAGUCCGACGAGUUCAGCAUAUCCUGACUUCUCGACUACAAGUGGCCAACCAAAGAACUUAGUGAUGAAAAACGAAACAUUUAUUUACGAGUGUGGAAGUGAGCCGGUUCAUGCCGGCAAAGCUACCAUGUCAAAGGCUGUUCAAUUACUGUUUGGUGAUAUGUGUGCUGGUUAUUUGAAGAGUUCAGAACUCCAAACUAACAUGUCAUCUUCUACACCGGUUUGUUGUUAUGACAAUAAAAAUGGAUAAAUUACCAUUCAUUUAUAAGUGAGCUGUCACAUUGCAUCUUAACCUGAUCAUAUUGCGAGGCCUUUUGUUUUAUAAGCUCUACCACUAAUUGAUAGCUCUCUUCCUGUUUGGUAAAUUUGGUAAACGAUAUGGAAACGAGUUUUCGAUAUCGAAGACUCAAUACAUAGACGUGCAGCAGCUGCUCGCAAAUGUCUCUCCAACUA